AUGUGUGCUGACAAAAUCCCUCUGCUGAAUGACUGGGCAGUGCUGGACAUCACAAUUCAGUCUGUGGCCACUCAUCAGACCUGCUGCAAGGACAAUUUGGGCUUAGAACAUCCUCACUUGAUUGCAUUGCCAGCCUUGCCCAUUUGGGCUGUGGUUGACAACAGUCUGGAAUCUGUGACCUGGAGACCAGACAGACGUUGUCAAAAGUUGUGGAUGUUGGCAGGAAGUGUUCCACACGGUUGUAGUAGGUGUUCCUUGAUAUUUAGGCAUGCUGUGCAGCAAGUGGGCAUACUUUUAAGUUCGAAUGUACUAGCACACAUAUGCAGCAAGGUAUGUGUCCACAUCAAACUGCUGUUAAGCAGAAAUCAACUGGCCAUUGAAAACAGUAGAGCCACAUGCUUCGAUGGCGUGCUCCAAACGUUGUUUGGUGGUGAGGCAAGGUUCCUGAGCUGGACCGGCUGA